UUGUGGAUGUGAUGCGAUGGCACCUUCGUCAUGGCUUCUAAACGGAAAACGUCGAGUAAAGAAACUCCCACCGAUUAUAAAGGACAGAAACUUUCUCGAUAUUUUCCAGUUACGAGCAAAGUUCGACAAAACCACAAUUACUCGAAGACAGAAGAAAGUAACCGGAAUCCCCGUACGUCUCUUUGUUCCAAGACAUUCUUGAAAAAUGUGUCUUUGUACAUACUUUCGGCUGGAAUUCCUAAAGUCAGGAAGGACUUGUUUGCAUCGAAAGUUGUCCAGUUUGGUGGUGUAAUACUUAAUGAAUUCGAUCUCGGAAAAUGUAGCCACGUUUUAGUGAGUGAAACAAUGACGCUAGAUCGAGCGUUGAAACUGUUAAAGAUUGAGGAAACUUCUUGUGGUUUGGCCAUUGUUUCCACACUUUGGUUAAGUGGUUGUCUAAAGAAAGAAUCCCUCUUGCCCGCUGACGAAUUUCUCUUGAAUCUUCCCCGGGCCACCGAGGAGCCUUCGGACUCUGUAAAAGAAGUUCCUGACCACUCAGAUAUUAUUUCUGACCCACCUUUAAAAUUACUGCUCGACGAACCACCUCCUUUUGUGACAACACAGGAAGAGAAAAACACGUUUAUUAAAGAGGAAGACCACCAAGUAAGAAAUGAGGCAAACAACAACGAAGACUAUAUUGACAACAGUCAAAUUGAUUUUGAAACGAAUUCCAAAGUUUCUACCCAAACUGUUCCAAAAGGUCGUUGGGUGUGUUUCGAAUCGUCUCGGAACAGUCCUGUUAAUUACAAUCGACACAUCACAGAUACUCUUGAAGAAAUGGUGAAAACUUAUAAAAGUACCAACGAUAAAUGGAGAGUUUACAGUUAUCAGAAAGCAAUUGGAAUCUUGAAGAGAGAACCGAAGGAAAUAACUAGCAGGGAGGAAGCCCGAAAUCUUCGUGGAAUCGGCGACAGUCUUGCAGAUAAAAUCUGGGAAAUCAUUCAGAGUGGACGCCUCCGGAAACUUGAUGAGUUCCAAAGUUCCGAACAGUUACAAGUAUUAAACUUACUCACCAAUGUCUGGGGAGCUGGACCUCACACUGCUAAACUAUGGUACCAGCAAGGCUAUCGAAGUUUAAAAGACCUCGAAGAAAAAGCGGAUCUUACUAAACAACAAAAAGUUGGUUUACGAUAUUAUGAUGACUUCCUCGAACGUAUGUCUCGAGAAGAAGUUGCUGCAAUCGAAAGAAUUGUUUCCGAAAAUACACAGAAGGUUGUAGCAGGAAGUAUUGUACAGGUGUGUGGCUCUUACCGUCGUGGUAAAGAAACCUGUGGAGACAUUGAUAUUCUUAUCUCUCAUCCGGAUGGGGAAUCCCACCAAGGUUUAUUGUCUCGACUUUUAUCUCAGCUGAAAGAAAUUAAAUUCAUUACCGACGAUCUUAUUGAAAUCGAAGAAAACGGAAGUCAAAGGAAAUACAUGGGUGUUUGCCUGUCCCCUCUGUCACCAGAUCGUCAUCGCCGUAUCGACAUAAUUGUUGCCCCCUAUUCUGAAUAUGCUUGUGCCCUUGUCCAUUUUACAGGUUCAGCACAUCUUAAUCGUUCCAUUAGACAUUUAGCUAAAACGAAAGGAAUGUCUCUCUCAGAACAUGCCCUACGAACGGGUGUUGUUAGAGGGAGUACAGAAAAACUAUAUAAAGGAAAUGUUCUUCCUACACCCACUGAGCAGUCAAUUUUUGACCAACUUGGGGUACCAUAUAGACGCCCUGAAGAGCGGGAUCAUUGACAGGUUGACAACAAAAUGUAUUUCUAUAAUACUCCUAUUAUCUAACUUGAAAUAAAUGCGAUUAUUUUUUAAAUAUUAAUUUAUGUAAUUAAAAUCAAAGAAUUCUUGGAAAAAUUUCACAUCCACCUGGAAUUUCUAAGUGAUAGUCGAAUCUACAAUCUAUUGCUGCAGAAUUGGGUAAUUUACGCAACGUAUUAACUUUUGCAGCCUCAUUUCUUAUGAGGGAUCUUCAGCUAUGCAAACCUUAAAGCAAUCUCUCGUCUGCUACUUAUCCCCACGGCUAAAACAAAGCCAAAACCUUUCUUGGAUUACCACCAUUUGUAUAAAAAAUAUAAACGAGUUAACAUUUGAACACUUGCCACUUUAGUAAUCAUUCCCAAAAGCCUUUGGAUUUACCAGAUAAUCCUGAUAGGAUAGCAAACCAACUACCCAGACUGCUGUGUUAAAUACUGCUUGAAAGUAUGUGCAAAACGAUUCCUGGUUACUCUAAAACCUGAUUUAAUUUGAGUCAAGAAUUAAGAGAUGAUGUUUCUCAACUGAAUUUUCCAAAUUUUGUGACUCUUCAUAAUUCAAUAACCAAUCGUAUGGCAUCACACACACAACAUUAAUCAAUAUCAUUGAUUUUGUUCAUCUUUGUCAUUAUCAUCAGUUGUUUAUCUCCUGCGCAGUCCUGACAAAGAAGGUCAAAGGAAUUGCAAAGUUGAUUUAUUUUCAGAUAUAUAUCCUAUGUACUCUUUAAUGAGAUAAUGCCCCAUUAUCAAACGUAUGUGUUCUUUUUUAAAAUGGUAGUGGGUGAUUUAAGGGAGGUUUGGCUACUAUUUCAACUGAUUGUGCAACUAUGUGGAGGUUCUCUUGUUGGUUUGACAUCCUCAGAAGUUGUGUGGCUGGACAAGCUUCGAUGUCACAAACUUAUACACAUACCACACACCCUGGGUCUGGAAGCGAUAAAACAAUGGGUAGAAAAAUACAGGGAACUCAUAGAUAAACGCUUCAAAACAGACUUUAUCACCAAAGCCACCCAAUUAAUACUCGAAGAAAACGCAUUCUCAUUUAACAACAAGACAUACCGAAAGAUAACCUUGAGAACAAACUAUACGAUGAAAUAGGGAAAGUCAUGACUUCAGAGAAGACA